AUGAUCGACCUGAGUUACCUGACAGAGGAGGAGCAGGAAACCAUCCUGGCAGUGUUGAAAAGAGAUGCUGAGCUGAAGAAGGCUGACGAGUACCGUGUCCUGGAGCUCCAGAGGAGUGUGAGUGACACGGGCCAGCUGAGGUACCUGACUGGAGAAUGGUUCUACGAGACCAAGCAGCUUCGUCAUCAGGAUCGCAUCCAUGGCUCUGACAUCAUCAGGGCCUCCAUGAGACACACACAUAAACCACUAACUAUAUUGGAGCUCUCUCAGAUAUUGCCUGAGCAGUCCAGUUUUGUCAGCAGUGAGAAUAAAGAAGUGUUUGUGCCACCUGUUCUCUGUGGACUCCUGCAGGAGCCCCACUCGCAGCUCAGCAGUGGAAGACAAGACAUGAGCCUGUUCAUCCAGGAUGCAUCUGUUCCAAUGCCAAUGCCUGAAAACACAGCACUCAGCACCAUCUCACAGGACACAGGACAUUUUGCUGAGGUAGAUGGACCAGUAGGUAGACAGCCUAACUCAAGUGCUCUGAGGGGAAUCCUCAAGCACUUGUACCCUUCAUCAUCUGCAGACUCUCUGUUAUCUCCCCUGGACAUGCCGAAUUCAGAUUCUCCACCUGAGAUCUGGAUAGACAGGAAGCAGGUGAGGUUCAGCUCCAUGGUCAGUCAGAGCGGAGUGGAGUGGCAGAAUGGGAAGGAGAUGGGAGAGCACAGUUUGCUUGACAUGGACUCCAUCAAUCCCUCUGAGACGGAAAAUAACUUGGUGAAUAACUCUUACCCUGAGAAAACGGGCUGUACCACCUCUGGCCUACACAGGCCAAUGCUCAACCAGUGUGGAGUGGAUUCACAAGAGGCUGAAGCCAGUUUCAGAAAUGAGGCAAACCUGCAAGAGCAAGAAGCUGGACAAAAGCAGGUCCUUGGUGGUGUCUUUGAGCACUGUCACCCGGAGCUCCUUGGCCCUGCAGUGCCCAGCUUUGUUUCUGCUGAGCAGGUGCAAGGUAACCAGAGUGACAAUUCCAGUGUGGGGAGUCGGCCCAGAAGCAAUUCCUGGAUUGUGCAAAAUAAAGACAGAAACUCCUGCCAAGACACAACAACCAGGGCCUGUUCCCUGUCUCGGGCAAGUUCAGGCAGUUAUGAUGAGAGUCCCAUCAGGUCAGCUUUGAAACGAUUAUCUUCAAGGAUGUCUUCAUCCAAAAGUCUGGAAAACCUCACCUCACAACCAAGAGAAGAGAUGACAAAACAUGAAUCAAGGCAGCAAAGUGUGGAUGAUGUUUCAUCACUUCCACCACCAGCCUCUACUCUGUCCAACUCAAAGCAGAAAAAGACCAGUGUGUCAGUGCCUGUUCUCCAGCAGGACGAGACUGACAGUGAUAGCACUUUUGAGACCAACUUGGGCUGGAGAAGAAACACAGGCAGCUCCACAUCGAACAUCAGCCUCUCCUCUGGAAUGGCCUCCAUGUCGUCUGUCAGUGGCAGCACCAGCAGCAGCAUUUUCCCUGGAGACCUCAGUGACAUUGAAGUCCAGGGAAACAUCCAGUUUGCUGUGAACUACAUCCAAAAGCUGGGAGAAUUUCACAUCUUUGUGGUGCACUGCAGGGAACUGGCUGUGGCGGACACCAAGAAGAGCCGCUCCGACCCGUAUGUGAAAUGUUAUCUACUUCCUGACAAAACAAAGUUAGGGAAGAGAAAAACCACAGUAAAAAAGAAAACUUUUAACCCCAACUACAAUGAAAUCCUUCGAUUUAAGAUCAUAAUAGAAGUGUUGAAAACUCAGAAUCUGUAUGUCUCUGUGUGGCACAACGACACCUUUGGGCGGAACAGCUUCUUGGGCGAAGUGGACCUGGAUUUGUCAGAGUGGGACUUCAGCAACACACAGAUAAAUGAAUACACAUUAAAGUCCAGGGUAAUGUCAGCACAUUCCUCAAACCACCCGUCUCCCUCCCAUCUGAUUGAGAGCAGCGGACAAAUGAGAGUGGCCCUGAGAUUCCUGCCGCAGACAUCCCACAGUAAGAGAACAUCUAGGAUGGAGACUGGUGAGGUGCAGAUUUGGGUGAAGGACUGCAAGAAUCUCCCUUCAGUCAGAGGAGUGAUCAUCGACCCGUUUGUCAAAUGCACUGUACUACCUGACACAAGCAGGAAAAGCCGCCAGAAGACACGGGUGGUGAAGAGGACAGUCAACCCCAUGUUCAACCACACCAUGGUGUACGACGGCUUCCGGACGGAGGACCUCAGAGAGGCCUGUGUCGAGAUCACAGUCUGGGAUCACGACAGACUGAGCAGCCACUACAUCGGCGGCCUGAGGCUUGGGCUAGGCACAGGGAAGAGUUACGGGCUGGAGGUGGUCUGGAUGGAUUCGAUUGCAGCCGAAGCAGAUUUAUGGCAGAGGAUGUUAGAGUCUGAUGGUGAAUGGGUGGAGGAUGUUUUACCUCUGAGAAUGUUUGUGUUGGCAAAAAGCAUGUCAAAGUGA